UCAGAAGUAGGUAUCAAUCAGAUAUCGGCUGUAGUCCAUGGAAGUCCCGACGGUGUCGUAGUUGAGCAGCCCGCCUGUCCAGUAGGUCUUCUUCUUCCCCUGCAGCGCCUCCAGCCGCUGGUAAAAGCCCGCCCGGAGCUCUUCGCCACUCACGUGGGGAAACUGCACGCAGGAAGCACACAAGGUAUGGACAAGUGAUGGGGUCCCUCUCCCCUUGACAACUCACGUAGGUCCAGAAGUUGACUUCGGUCAAGUUGGCCUCGUACUCUUUCGAAUCCCCGUUGAAGAAGAUGUCCGUCAUGAUCUGCGCGCUGUCCUGCUUCAGCGUGUCGUUGAAGGGCUGCUGCUGCCGAUCGUAACUCUGGUAGACAAUGAGGCCGGCUCCUGGCUCCGCACGGUAAAUUGAGGCGAUCAACGCCGGGUGGCCUGCACCGACAACUGAUCGAAGAGCGGGAGGCUGGACAGACGUAUCGAGAUUGCCCAAGAACUGGGAGCUCUUCGGGUCGGGCAUGUGCUCGUACGAUAAGUCCACGAGUGUGGAGACAUACGGGGCGUGGUACACCUUCCCGAAGACAUCGCUCUCCUCCUCGUCCAAGCCCAAAAACUGCAUGUCCGCCGUGAUCUGAGGAAACGCCACGAUGAUCCGGUCGCACGUCCUUUCAGUGCCAUCGGACAGCUUGAUUAGCGACGGCUGAUCGGACUCUCGCACAGUGUUCACGAUUUCCGCACUGAGCAUGACCUCUAGCUUUCCCUUGGCAGACAGCGUGUCCACUAUGGCCUUCAGCAGCAAUGAACAGCCUCCCACUAGUCUUUGAAAAGUGCCGGUCAAACCCUCAAAUAUGAAAGUUGGCGUCAGACCCUUCAACCAGUACGCCAUCGGAGUGAAAUCGCCAGAAAGAUAGCCGUAGGCUGCCGGUAAGUAGAAGACAGUCUGGAAGAACUCUAUGUGCUCCGGACCGAGGCCGCGCUCCGUGAAGCGGUCUGCGAUGAACUUGUUGGCCGGACCCGCAAGCUCGGGGUAGCGGUCGAAGUCGGUGGAUGUAAGAGUGGGCUCGUAGGCGAGAGGUCGCUUUGGAUCCGGCUCGCCAGUCUCCUCAUCGAUGGCGACGUAACUUUUCCAGACGUCCACAUACGCCAAUAUGCUGGUGACGCCCACAAUGAUCUCCUGCAGGUCCUCGAUGCUGUUGAGCUCGAAGAGGCUCCCGAUGUUGGGGAGCGAGAGUGAAGUUUUGAACGGCUCCUUGGCGUUGAAGUCGACGAAGGAAAUAUCCGGCGACCCGAGCACGAUCAGUUCGAAGGUCUGACCGUAGAUGUCGGCGAGUUCACGGACCUCUUUGAAGCCCCGAGGCAUGAGGAUGGCACCGAGGUUGUAGGUGCGGUUGACGAAUUCGCCGUUGGCACUGUCCACUCGCUCGAUAUCCCUGCACUUGCCGCCGAUUCUGUCCAGUUUUUCCAGCAGUAGGAUGUUGGAGUAGCCUUUCUGCACAAGGUGGUGAGCCGCACCCACGCCGCUGGGUCCCGCGCCGAUGAUACAGACCUCAUGGUCAGCUGGGAAGGACAAGGCUCAAGAAGGGCGUUGUCAACCUGAGGACACUGAGUGGCUUACCCUUCUCGUUCUGUUCGAGGUUCUGUUUGUCAGUGGGAAGGAAGUCGAUUGCUCCGAAGGCAGCGGGUGCAAGGAGGAAGAGGGCCACCCACAACCGACGCAUCAUAUCGUCA